CCUGACUAGUGAAGUAUGUUCAGAGCGAUAGCUUCAAGGAGCCCUCAGACAAAACACAACCAGCCGGGAGGUGUUACACUUUCUCCUGACAUCCACGGCCGCAGAAACACUUGAAACCAAAGCAGCACUUGUUAUCAGCUUUCAGAGCGCUCUCUCUCCAGCUCUUUGGGGUGAUUUCCUAAGGGGAAGCUUUGACUGAAAAAAGUGAAUUUAACUUUUUUUGGGACGACAUGGCACUUCGACAGAACUCUGACAAGGAGCCAAGCAUCGAGUUGUUCAUUAAGGAUUAUAUCUUCGUCGGACAGAAACAAGACUCCAGAAAAUGACUGCUGCCAGCCAAGAGAUGGCCCGUCGCAUGUCCCUCGUUGUCGGAUAAAACAGACAUGGAUUUAGUUUUCUUUGGACAGAGCCAAGCUAACUGUUUCCAGGUGUAAUGCUAAGCUGAGCAAAGCUGCUGGCUUUAGUCAUAUUUAGCAGUAAGAAUGGUAUUAAUCUUCUCAUCUAACUUCCUGCAAGAAAGCUAAUCAUAUCUCAAAAUAGCAGACUUUUCCUUUGACAUCAAGAUGGAGGAGACAGUCAGUUCUUUUCUGCUGCUACACAAUUCCUGCUUUUCCUUCCGUGGAGAAAACCGCCCAGACACACCUUUCACUUCCAAAAUCAUUUGUUUAUCAGCAGAUGAGCGGAUAAGAGAAACGGCUGGCCAUGAUGGCGAGAACGUGGGGAACUGCCCCUUCUGUCAGAGGCUCUUCAUGGUUCUAUGGCUGAAAGGAGUCAAGUUUACAGUGACCACUGUUGAUAUGAGGAAGAAGCCAGCUGAGCUCAAAGACCUGGCCCCCGGGACCAACCCUCCUUUCCUCCUCUACAACGGCACCCUCAAAACAGACUUCAUCAAAAUUGAAGAGUUUCUUGAACAAACACUGGCCCCUCCCAGGUAUCCUCAUCUCAGCCCGCUCAACAAAGAGUCCUUUGAUGUAGGUGCUGACAUUUUUGCCAAGUUCUCUGCUUUCAUCAAGAACAACCCCAACAACACCUUCCACGAGAAAAACCUGCUGCGGGAGUUCAAGCGCUUGGACAACUACUUGAUCUCGCCCCUUCCUGAGGAGGUCGACCACAACUCCAGAGGAACCUUCACCAUCUCUAAGAGGAGGUUUCUGGACGGCGACCGCCUCACCUUAGCUGACUGCAACCUGCUUCCUAAACUGCAUGUCAUCAGGAUUGCUGCCAAGAAGUACUGCGACUUUGACAUUCCCGCAGAGUUCACAGGUGUGUGGCGUUACCUUCAAAACGCCGACCAGAGAGAGGAGUUCAAACAGACGUGUCCAGCCGACAUUGAGAUCGAGAAAACGUACUUCAACGCGGCCAACAAGAGGAAAUAAAACCUUUUGGAUUGUCUGUAAUUAUUGUCCUAUUUUCUCUCAGUUUAACUGUUUAUGUAAAGAUGGUGAUCUGCAGAGGGCGCUUCAACCUACAAGAAUCAACUGUGGCAAUGAAUCACAAUUCCACCUGAAAAAACCUUCCCCUGUUGUUGCAGUAAGACUUUGGGACAUGUUGAGGCACAAUGUUUUAUUGGUUGUAUGUAUUGACUGUUUAUCCAUAGUCACUCACAGACAGAUGGUACCUUCAUGCCACGUUGAAAAGGCCACAUGUGCAAUUUAUGUUUUUGUUUAUAGUGUAAAUAGAUAUUUUUCCAAACUUU